AUGCUGGAGUGGCACAGUGUGAGUGUUAGCCUUCUCCUUGCUGUUUCUUUUGUACAGUGGACAUCUACAAAAGCAGUUCCUGCCAAGCCUGGAAAACAAGAUUUGGCUUUAUGGUCACUUGACACAGCAGUUGUGCUAGAUGGCAGCUCACAUUCAGUCUCCUGUGAAGAAAAGUCAGCAGCAGACCUGGCAGCUAAAAUUCUACUUCUGGAUGAGCUUGUCUCUCUAGAAAAUGAUGUGAUUGAAACCAAGAAAAAGAGAAGCUUCCCUGGAUUUGGUUCUCCUCUUGACAGGCUUUCUGCCAGCACCACAGAAUUUAAGGGCAAGCAGAGAAAAGUUGUUGAAUUUCCGAAGAGAAGAUUUGGAAUUCCGCUUGAUCGAAUUGGCAUGAACCGUCUUGCUAAUACAAGAGGCUAACAGAUUUCAACUGUGAGUUCCCCUCUGUUGUAUAUUCUCUCUGCAUAAUGUUUGAUGUGGAAAA